UGCUAAUCAGAAAAAAAUAAACAAGGGACCAAAGGUUCAUUUGAAGUAACCUCAUGGAUUAAUUUGUAAAUAUAAAGCCAAUAAUGAUUUUUGAAAUCAGAUGCGGCGAGCCACAUGCCAACGAAGUGAGUGACCGUUGUUAAGACAAGCAUGGAAAGUCAUCGCUAAUCCCAUAAUCUAACGGUCACAUUUCACUAGCCGUUGCGUUUGAAAAAAAAAAAAAAAAGAAGAAAGCAAAGACACAGCAAUUCAUUUAACCAUUGUUGUCGCCCAAGUGUCUCUCACUUACUUCACUAUCUAACUGGGUUUUUAGACUCAGUUGCCUUCGAGGCUUUUUUUAAAUGCCCAUUACUUGUUAAAGUUUAAAUCUUUAAGGGUACUGGGUUCUUCAAGAAAGGGGGGGAUUUUUCUUUUUGUGUGUGUUUGUGUGAUUGUUCGUUCAGAUAGUUUAUUGAGCAAAAUGAAUGUAUCUGAUGAGAACAAUCCUAACAUUGCAAAACCCUCAAGUUUUCAAGGAGGAUUAGAGAUGGGUAACAGAAAGUUUGGGCAAGAGAUUAGGAACAACAGAAGAGCUCUAAAUGUGUUAAAUCAGAAUUUUAUGGGAGGACAAGGAGCAUAUCCUUGUGUUGUUAACAAGAGAGGAUUAUCAGAAAGUGAUGGAGUCUGUGAAAGAAACCAACUUAAUCCUGCACAUCGGCCAAUUACAAGGAAGUUUGCUGCACAAUUGUCAAGUACACAUCAGAAUUGUCCCCAGGAGACUAAAAAGCAUAAGCCUUCAGUUUCGAGCACUAAUGGGUUUGGAGACUCUAUAUUCAUAGAUGUGGAAGAAAAUAAGGCCGCUGAAGACCAUCCAGAACCAAUGUUUUUAGAACAAACAGAAGCAACCCUUGAUGAAAUGGAGGAGGUUGAAAUGGAGGAUAUAAUUGAAGAGCCUAUUGUGGAUAUUGAUGGCUGUGAUGCAAAGAAUCCCCUUGCAGUUGUUGAUUAUGUUGAAGAUUUGUAUGCCAACUAUAGAAAAAUAGAGAACUUUACCUGUGUCUCCCAAAACUAUAUGGCACAACAGUUUGACAUUAAUGAGAAGAUGAGAGCCAUACUGAUUGACUGGCUUAUUGAGGUGCAUGACAAGUUUGAUCUUAUGAAAGAGACAUUAUUUCUUACGGUUAAUCUCAUCGAUAGAUUUCUAUCACAGCAAACAGUGGUAAGAAAGAAGCUUCAGUUGGUGGGGUUGGUUGCUAUGCUGUUAGCAUGCAAGUAUGAAGAGGUAUCUGUUCCAGUGGUAGGAGAUUUGAUUCUCAUAUCAGACAAGGCCUACAACAGGGAAGAAGUGCUUGAAAUGGAAAAGUUGAUGCUCAAUAAAUUACAGUUUAACAUGUCAUUUCCAACACCAUAUGUUUUCAUGCAAAGGUUCCUCAAGGCUGCUCAGUCAGAUAAGAAAAUUGAGAUGCUGUCCUUCUUCAUCAUUGAGCUUUCCCUUGUGGAGUAUGAGAUGCUCAAGUUCCCACCAUCUUUAUUAGCAGCAGCAGCAAUAUAUACUGCUCAAUGCACCAUCUAUGGCUUUAAGCAGUGGAAUAGGACCUGUGAAUGGCACAGUAACUAUUCAGAAGAUCAACUUCUCGAAUGUUCAAGAUUAAUGGUUGGUUUCCAUCAGAAGGCAGGGACAGGGAAACUAACAGGAGUACACAGGAAAUACAAUACAUCCAAGUUUGGACAUACUUCAAAAUGUGAACCAGCAUGUUUUCUAUUAGAGACUCAGUCAUAGCAGCAGAAGGAAUGUGUACAGCUACUGACUUUUUACUUGAACUGGGUUGGUGGAUUGAUUACACACAAUAAUCCUGCAACUUUGGUUGCAAUUUGGGGAUUUGGUUAUAUUUUUGAGUUAGUAUUAAACAGCAGCCUUGGAUUGUUUCAAUUACAGCCAUGGUUGUGUGAUCUUAUGUUCUGCUCCAUUAUUGGAACAUUUAAAUACAUCUAAAUAUUCCUUAAUGUAAUUGUUAUGCUCCAUUAAAAUUUAAAUACAAUAAUUUCAUGACACCAUA